UACUGCCUAGUUGGUUGUAAUAAAUUAAGCAGCAUACGAAGUUUGCAGGUCAUCAGCAAUCCCACUGAGUCAAAUAUUUGUAGUGCUGACAAAGAAGGUGCUUUUGUUAGGGUGAUUAAUUCAAAGGGAAUUAUGAUCCAAUCUGGGGUUGGGGUGAUAGAAGAUAAAAAGAAGUGGGUACAGCAGUCAGAUGGUAAAAUUGAGUAUCAAAAGGAGUUUCUAGUUUCGACUCUGUUACUUAAUGCCAGGCAUAUGGGCGGGGCUUAACCUCUGGAAAAGCAUCUCUAAACAGUGAGGAGUGGAGGUGUGGGAGGAGUCAUCCAGCUUGAAAUACUUCAUUGGUUAGCACUUCUGAUUGCGAACUUUUCGCUGCAACAAGAUUACAAUUGGGGGGCUUCCUGCAAAGAAGUCGUUAGUUUGUUACGACUCAGGUGACAAAAACACCUGCGCAGGGCUUGAAGGAGGUGAUGGAUGGAAGGGAGUAAGCAGAGUAGGAGAGCAGGUCACAAGACACUCAGGGCUGCUUCUCCCUCCUCCUCCCCCUCCCUCUCCAACUAUUCCGGCUGUUCUCCUUAGCCCCCGCCCCUCUCCCGCGCUCCGCCCCGCCGCCAUGUUGUCCCCUCCGCUCUAGAUGGAAGCGGCUGGGGUGGGAGCCGGGCACUACCCGCGACGCCUCCGCCUAGUCUUCUCCAAAUCUGUAUCCCGACCCGCGCGGGGCCGGCUCAUCCCCGUUGCGGCCUUUGACUGUCUCGGGCCGCGACCAGGACCAAGAGAGCCCUAACCACUUUCCACCCCUGCCGAACUGGGCCGGCAGUUUCCUGGACGCUUUGGAGACUUCCAAGUCCUGCUCUUGGGAACAAUGUUGGUAAUGCAGAUAAUGCACUUAAACUGAACGAUUUUAAGAGUUUCUGUGUUUCAUCGGGAAUGACUGGAAGUUCUCUAUUUCUUUAAUGGUACAUUUCCCCCCUGUAGAAUUAUACUUAGUUUUGCUGGGAUUUUGGAGUAAAAAAAAAACUUUAUUAAAUGAUGGCAGGAAAAUCAUCACUUUUCAAAGUAAUUCUUCUUGGAGAUGGUGGCGUUGGGAAGAGCUCUCUUAUGAAUAGAUAUGUCACUAACAAAUUUGAGAGCCAGCUAUUCCACACAAUAGGUGUGGAGUUUUUAAAUAAAGACUUGGAAGUGGAUGGACACUUUGUAACCAUGCAGAUUUGGGACACAGCAGGUCAAGAACGCUUUAGAAGCCUGCGAACACCAUUUUACAGAGGUUCUGACUGUUGCCUUCUUACUUUCAGUGUAGAUGACUCUCAGAGUUUCCAGAACUUGAGCAACUGGAAGAAAGAAUUCAUUUAUUAUGCAGAUGUCAAAGAACCUGAAAGCUUUCCUUUUGUGAUUUUGGGUAAUAAGAUUGACAUAAGUGAAAGACAAGUUUCUACAGAAGAAGCUCAGGCCUGGUGCAGGGACAACGGCAACUAUCCUUACUUUGAAACAAGUGCAAAAGAUGCCACGAAUGUUGCAGCAGCUUUUGAGGAAGCUGUUAGAAGAAUCCUUGCUACUGAGGAUAGGUCAGAUCACUUUAUUCAGACAGAUACAGUCAAUCUUCACCGAAAGCCUAAGCCCAGUUCAUCUUGUUGUUGACUAUUAAAAAGCUUUGCCAAUAUAGCUCUAACCAACUCAUUUACAAAAUGGGGCAAGGGAAAUGGGAGGAAGAACAAUAUAGAAUAAAGGUCCAGGAAGUCCAAUUGUAAUAAUAAAAUUUAAACUAAUCUAUUACUGUUUCAUUAGAAGGUGGAAGGGAAAUAGCCAUUCAUUAAGUAACCUAUUUACUGAAGGCACGUAACAUGUAUAAACAAAGAUUGUCUCUAAUAAUAAAUGGUUACUUAAAAUUUAAUGUGCAACUUACAGAGCUAAUAAUAAAUCAAAUGAAUACUUUAAUUGUAAAUAAAAUGAAAACUUGAAUUUCUGGAAGCACUACUUGGGUUUUUUCCCCCUAGAAUUCAAAUGGAGAACACAUUUUUUGUAUAUAUAUAUUUUUACAAAAUUAGCAUUUCGUUCUUGGUUCACUGAAAGCACAUUUUAAAAAUGCUUAUUAAAGAAAUAAAUCAAAAGAUUACCUUGAA